GCACCCGGAAGCGCUACGAUCGUGAUUUUUCGUGGAUCGAAUUUUGCACAUGUUUUUGGAUGUUUUCUUUUCGCCCCCGAAUUUUAUCUUAAAUGUACACUUUUGCGGUGUUCUCUGCAGUUAAAUUCAUGGGAUCAGACCGGGACAGAAGCGACUGAAGAUUAAAAGAUGUUGAGUGAGUCAGAGUUGCAGGAGCUGUUGUCAUUCCUCAGACCUGAGACCAGACCUGAUGUUAAAGCAGGGGCCACUGAGUGUGUGCUCGGGCUGUCUGCGAACAGAGAUGGCUGCCUACUCCUGGGCUCCAAACCUGACCUCCUCCAAGCGCUGCUGCGGCUGACCUCUGAUCCCUCCAUCGGAAUUGUCAAAGAUGUUUAUUACACCUUUAUAAACUUGUCUGCAGAGGAGACACUGCACCAGGUGCUGGUGUCAGCGCUGAAUCUUCUGCCUCUGCUCUGCAUAAACCUGCUGGAUCCUUCGUUUCCUUUUUCAGACCAAAUCUGCACAAUCCUGUCCAACCUGAGCCGGGAUGAUCGCACCUGCCGCCAGGUGUACCAGGUACUGCAGGACAAAGUAGGACUGUCCAAACUGGUGGAACUCUUCUGCUGCGAAAAGUUCAACCCCAAAGCGACGUUUCACUACAUUGGCCCUCUACUGUCCAACCUGAGCCAGCUACAGGAGGCCAGGGAGGAGAUCCUGGACCGAGACCGGUGUGUGCUGCAGAGGCUCCUCCCCUUUACUCAGUUUGAGGCAUCAACCAUACGAAGGGGCGGAGUCAUUGCGACUUUGAGGAACUGCUGCUUCGACCACUCUCAUCACGCGUGGUUACUGAGCGACGAGGUAGACCUUCUGCCUUUUCUACUGCUGCCUUUAGCCGGACCAGAGGAGCUGAGUGAGGAGGAGAAUGAAGGCCUGCCUGUGGACCUACAGUACCUUCCGGAGGACAAACAGCGGGAGCCAGACUCAGACUUGAGGCGCAUGCUCCUGGAGACGCUACUGCUACUGUGUGCCACCUCCAGGGGGCGCUCCGUGCUGAAGAGCAGACAGGUGUACGCACUCAUGAGGGAGUACCACAGCUGGGAGAGUACCCCACAGGCCCGGAGUGCCGCCGAGAAACUCAUACAGAUCUUGAUUGGGGAUGAGCCUCAGACCGGGAUGGACAAUCUGAUGGAAAUCCCAAUCCCAGAAGAAGUGGAACAGAAACUCAGAGAAGCAGACGCUCAAGAGCAAGAGGAACUGGAACGAGAACUAAACCAGGACUGAAAUGGGACUAGACCGGGACUAAACCAGGACUGAAGCGUGACUAAACCAGGAAUAAACCUGGACUAAAGCAAAACUGAACCAGGAUUAGAACAGGACUAAACCAGUUGCUUUGGAUGGUCCUGGUCAUUCGAUGGACUGUGUAAAAUUACAUUUCUUCUGUAAUAAAUUUCAAUAAGUU